AACCUCUCGAUUUUUCCCAGAGUUCAGUCCGUAACAAAUAUGAACGGCGGAGUUGGUGGUGCUUACGGCGCGGGAAAAGCGGGAACUGCCAAUGAUCCAAUAUCAAUUUUAACAAAACCUCAUGUGAUUUUAAGACUUUUAUGUUGGGUAUUUUCUAUAGUUGUAUUUGGGUGCAUAGGUUCUGAAGGAUGGAUGAAAGACAAAUGUCUCUACAACAACGAUAUAAAUGCUUGCAAUUUUGGCACAGGGAUUGGGGUGAUUGCUUUCUUAGGCAGCCUGUGCUUAUUAAUUACUGAUAUUAUGUUUAAUAAUAUCUCCAGUAUCAAGGUUCGAAGGAGAGCAGUUAUUGCAGACAUGGCUUUUUCAGCCGGGAUGGCCUUUAUGUGGUUUGUCACUUUCUGUUAUCUAAGUGAUUCUUGGAGGAAGUCCCCCUAUCCCAAGCAUGGAUAUGGUGUCAACAACUUAAGGGGUGCUAUAGCCUUCAGUUUCUUUUCAAUUCCUGUAUGGGCUGGCUGCAUAUUCUUUGCAUUCACACGCUACAAGCAAGGAGCUGAUACUGCUUUUGUAACGAGUGGCUUUGAGGGUGAUACUGGCAUGCCGGGUGCAGCCCCUUACACCAGCUACCCUGAUGGGCCUGAGAUGAACGAAGGCUACCAAGAACCUCCAUUCUCUGCAAACCAAAAGGAUAUGGCACCAGGAGGGCCAGGUUUUCAACAACAAGCUUAUUAAUGUGCAUUCCAUUGCUAAAUACACAUAUAAUCUUAAUCGUUGAGUUAUUUUGUAGAUGGGAAAAGAAAAAAAAGAGGUUAGAGAACCCACAAUGUUUAUGUACAGUGAUUGUGUGUUGUUCUAUUACUACUUUACUCCUUGAAUGGUGACAAAAGUUAUUUGAUAUCCUUUUUGAAAAGUUGUGGUAUUAGAGCUGUUGAGUUUCUUAUCGAGCGAUGCUUGUCAGGCUGACACAGAGCUGGUGACUUGAGUGUUUUAUCUGACAAGGGAGGUGUUUGCUUUAUUUUAUUGAUCUCUGUUUAUGUAGCUGACAUAGCGAUGCAUUUAUUUGUGAUUUGUUUUAUUGUGAUAAGUGUCGUGAUUAAAAUAAAGAACAUUCAAAUUAGAGAUGUAUUGUAAAGUUUAACAAAAUUUGUUAUUCCAAUUAAUAUGUUUAACUGAUGUUAUAAUAGUUUUUUU